AUGGCUUCUUGGGCACGCCAGUGCAAGCCGACGGGUCGUAGCACCAUGGCGGUGGGCUUAUUGCUCUGCAUUGCUUGGUAUUACACCAUUCUUGCCGGAUUCUUCAUUCUCUAUUGUCCUGUUAUGUACCUAAUGUUUUUUAGUCACAAAUUAUACAGAAAGUUAGUUGAUCACUAUUUUCUUUAUGGGAAUUGUAUCCUGUGGCGCUGUUUCAAUGUUGUUGUGAUACUCAAUUGCAUCACUUUGGUGAUUUUGUGAAACCGGACGAAAAGACCAUAAUUGUAAUGAAUCAUCGCACAAGAGUUGAUUGGAACUAUGUUUGGAUAGCUUUGUAUCAUGCAACGCAAAAUCCUUCAGGUGAAUUGUGCUCUUGUAAACGAACUGACCAAAAUCUCAGUGAAUCUAAUAGCAUACAGGAUUCGGAGGCAAAUCGAAAAUAAAAUUUGUUUUGAAGGAUGAAAUCAAAAAUAUUCCUGGCAUGGGUUGGAUUAUGCAGUUAAACUUUUCCUCUACGUAAAGAGAAAUUGGCGCGAGGAUCAACUAAACCUUUCACAGUUUGUGGAUUACUACCAGAAGCUGAAUUAUGACUACAGACUAGUACUAUUCCCUGAAGGAACGGACUUAAGUGAGGAGAAUCGUCGUCGUAGUGAUAAAUAUGCACAGGCUAACACAUGCAGGUAUUCUUUUAUCUCUAUCUGUAUAUUUGUAUUGACCAACACUACUGCAGCUAG